AAUGAUUGAGAUAGAGUGACAGUCAACGUAAACUAUAAUACUAAAGUAAAGGGUAUUAGAACCUUCCCAUAAAAACAUUACAUUAGAUUUUUUCCAUGCUUUUUUUUUUGGCUUGUUCCAUACAUAAAGUUUGAAUCUUUUUACCCCUUUUUCCCCUUUCACAAAUCUUGAAUAUAAAUGGGAAGAUCCCUCCCAUUCUUGGAAAAAAAGUAGGAGCUUGUAGUUUUUAUAUACGGAGUAUAAAAGUCUUUGCUUUAAACUUCCCAUUUCAAGAUUCCAUGUUUUUUUCUGUAUCAUUAUCAAAAGGAAUCACUUGAGAAUCUUAGUUGUCUUUGCUCUUCUGGGAUGUGGGGUCUCUAGCAUUUUGAAGAAGUGAUGCACAAAAGCCUAGAGGUGACUUAUUGAAACUUGUUGUAAUGUCUGGAGUAUUUGACUGUAGAAGUGGCCUAAUUCUGAUAUGGAUGGUUUUCUUGUUGGUUUCUAUGAUGUUGGUUUAUCCUGUAGAAGGAUUGAAUGCUGAAGGAAUGUACCUACUUGAGUUGAAGAAGAAUAUAAGGGAUGAGUUUAACUAUCUUAGGAAUUGGAAUUCUAGUGAUGAGACACCAUGUAAGUGGAAAGGUGUAAAUUGCACUUCUGAUUAUAAUCCAGUUGUGCAAAUUCUUGAUCUGAGGUCUAUGAAUCUUUCAGGCACUUUGAGUUCUAGCAUUGGUAGUCUUGUAUGUUUAACCAUUCUUGACUUGUCGUACAAUGAAUUCACUGGAAAUAUUCCGAAGGAAAUAGGGAACUGCUCGAAAUUGCAGAGUCUCCAACUCAAUGAUAAUGAUUUUUAUGGCCAGAUUCCUGCUGAAUUGUAUAAGCUUUCUCAUUUGAAAGAGUUAAAUUUGUUCAAUAACAUGAUAUCUGGUCCUAUUUCAGAGGAGUUUGGGAAACUCUCUUCUCUAGUUUCUUUUGUUGCAUAUACCAAUAACCUCAUUGGUCCACUCCCUCGAUCACUUGGGAAUCUGAAAAAACUUAUAACGUUUCGAGUGGGACAGAAUUCACUUACUGGAAGCUUACCCGCGGAGAUUGGUGAUUGCCUGAACUUACAAGUUCUUGGUCUUGCACAAAAUAAUCUAGGAGGAAAUAUACCUAAAGAGAUCGGUAUGCUUAGUAGUUUGAAACAACUUGUACUUUGGGACAAUCAAUUAUCUGGCUAUAUUCCAAAGGAACUUGGAAAUUGUACAAAACUUGAACUAUUUGCUUUAUACCAGAACAACCUGGUUGGAGAAAUUCCUGUUGAGAUAGGUAAGCUCAAAUUUCUCAAGAGGUUAUACCUAUACUGGAAUGGAUUAAAUGGUACUAUUCCAAGGGUUAUUGGAAAUCUUUCUUCGGCGAUAGAAAUUGAUUUCUCAGAAAACUAUCUAAUUGGAGAAAUACCGACUGAGUUCAGUCAAAUAAUGGGCCUGAAAUUGUUGUAUCUUUUCCAAAACCAGCUCAAAGGUGUCAUACCUCAAGAACUUACUAGUUUAAAAAACUUGGAACGUCUUGAUCUGUCGAUUAACUACUUAACAGGACCUAUUCCAUUUGCCUUUCAGUAUUUCACUGAAUUGGUUCAGUUACAGCUCUUUCAGAAUUCUUUAAGUGGUAGUAUUCCCCAACUUCUCGGGAUUUAUAGCCGGCUUUGGGUUGUUGAUUUAUCUAACAACUACCUCACAGGAACAAUUCCUCCAAAUAUUUGUAGGAAUUCCAAUUUGAUUUGGCUAAAUCUUGGUUCAAAUAACCUGCACGGAGACAUUCCACCUGGUCUUAUUAACUGUGUCUCGUUGGUACAACUUCGUCUUAAUGGCAACUGGCUACAAGGGAAAUUUCCUUCUGAUGUGUGCAAAUUGAGGAAUUUAUCUGCUCUUGAAUUAGGACAGAACACGUUCGGUAGUUUAAUACCUCCUGAGAUUGGAAACUGUCAAAAUUUGCAAAGACUUGAUUUAUCAGGCAACUAUUUCACACAUGAAUUGCCAAAUGAGAUAGGGAAUCUUCAAAAACUUGUAACUUUUAAUGUCUCAUCUAACUUACUGACUGGUCAAGUACCACGAAAAAUUCUGCAAUGUAAGGCGCUACAACGACUUGAUCUCAGCAAGAACAGCUUUAUUGGUGCUAUACCUGAUGAAAUUGGAAAACUGGCGCAGCUAGAACGCCUUUUGGUUUCAGAAAAUAAGUUUUCUGGAAAGUUACCAGCAGCAUUGGGGAGGCUUUCACGUUUGACUGAGCUGCAGAUGGGUGGAAAUUCAUAUUCAGGUGAAAUACCAUCAGAAUUAGGUAAUCUUACUGGUUUACAGAUCGCGAUGAAUCUUAGUUACAACAAUCUCUCUGGUACAAUGCCACCUAAGCUUGGCAAUCUUAUUCUACUAGAGCAUCUCUAUCUCAACAAUAAUCAUCUCACUGGUGAAAUACCGAUCACAUUCCAAUACCUGACCGGUCUAAUGGGCUGUAACUUUUCAUACAAUAACCUCACCGGUCCACUGCCAGAUAUACCGCUGUUUCAAAAUAUGGAUGUCAGUAGCUUUAUUGGAAACAAAGGUCUUUGCGGGGGGCUUCUAGGUGAAUGUAAUGAAUCUCCAUCUUUAAAUUCUGAUCCUGUAGUCGAAAGUGCAGGUGCUCCUAGAGGGAAGAUUGUUACUGUUAUUGUUGUGGCUGUUGUUGGUGGGAUUUCUCUUGUUUUGAUUUUAGGUGUUUUAUAUUUGAUGAAGCGGAAUCCAGUUCAGAUGGUCGGAUUCAUAAAAGACAAUGAUGCGUCAUUUCCAGGUUCGGGCAUAUAUUUCCCUCCCGAAGAGGAAUUCACUUUCCAAGACUUGGUUGACGCGACAAACAAUUUUCAUGACAGUUAUGUUGUUGGAAGAGGAGCCGUUGGGACGGUUUACAAGGCCGUGAUGCAGUCUGGGAAAACGAUUGCGGUUAAGAAGCUGACUUCUAACAGAGAGGGUAAUAACAUAGAAAAGAGUUUCCGAGCAGAGAUUACAACACUGGGAAAGAUCAGGCAUCGUAACAUUGUAAAACUCCAUGGCUUUUGCUAUCAUCAGGGUUCUAAUCUGCUUCUUUACGAGUACAUGGCGAAAGGCAGCUUAGGUGAAUUGCUUCAUAGUGCAUCUUGUAGCUUGGAUUGGCCGAUACGCUUUAUGAUAGCUCUUGGGGCAGCUGAAGGCCUUGCUUACUUACAUCAUGAUUGCAAGCCACAGAUCAUACACCGCGAUAUAAAGUCCAAUAAUAUAUUGCUUGAUGAGAAGUUAGAAGCUCAUGUUGGUGAUUUUGGUCUAGCUAAAUUUGUUGACGUGCCUCAAAAUAAGUCGAUGUCUGCAAUUGCUGGAUCAUAUGGCUACAUUGCCCCUGAAUAUGCUUACACAAUGAAAGUAACAGAAAAGAGCGAUAUCUAUAGUUACGGAGUUGUCCUUCUGGAGUUACUAACUGGAAAAACAUCAGUACAGCCACUAGAUGAAGGAGGUGAUCUAGUUACUUGGGUGAGACAUUAUAUUCGGGACCAUUCGUUAACGCCAGGGAUACUUGAUAGCCGAUUGGAUUUAACCGAUAAAACUACAGUUAAUCAUACGCUUACAGUUUUGAAAAUUGCAUUAGUGUGUACUAGUAUGUCCCCAGUUGAUCGUCCUUCAAUGCGUGAGGUCGUGUUAAUGUUGAUCGAGUCUGAUGAGCUAGAAGGUAACUUCAUCUUGUCUCAAGUUUAAUCUCCCUCAGAAAAACAUAAUAACCUGUUAAAUGUAUAAAAUAAAAUGCCUUCCUCUAAUAAGCUUUCUAGUGCUGGUUCUCCUUGUAUUGUAUUUUACAGCUAAAUAAUAGAAAUUACCACAUAUUUCUUACAGUGAAAAUGCUGUCUGACUUUGUAGAAUGAGUUUGGAGGUGAUUAAUGCUACUCU